GAGCAUUUAAAAUCUCCUCUACAUCUACCAUUUAAUGAUUGGGUUCUUGAAAGUUGAAACUACAGUCAUCAAAGCUUGAUCCAGACUUGAAAGAUGGGGUUUGGAGCACUAAGAUCCUUGUGGCGACCCCUAUCACGAACCCUAAUUUCUCGCACCUCGAGUUCCUCCGUAACGUCAUUUUCUGCCGACUAUGUGCACCUGAAACCUGAGCUCCGCUCUGUCCCCAGUGGUCAGGCUCCAUGGUUUCUUCCGAUCUUGAACCAUUUUCACAGCUUGACAGACACUCGUUUCCCAAAACGGCGUCCCAGUGAUAAGCCUCGUCGAAAAAGAUCCAGCAUAAGACCGCCUGGACCAUAUGCUGGGGUUCAGUAUGUUCCUGGUGAACCAGUAGUGCCUAGCAGACCCAAUGAAGGUAGUGUGAAGAGGAGGAAUGAUAAGAAGCGCAUGAGGCAGCGCCAUGCAUUUAUUUUGUCAGAGAAAAAGAAGAGGAAAGCUCUGGUACAGGAAGCCAAAAGAAAGAAAAACAUUAAGAGAAUUGAGAAUAAAAUGGCUGCUGUUGCAAGAGACAGAGCGUGGGCUCUGAGACUGGCUGAGCUGCAGCAGUUGGAGGAAGAGAAGAAGAAAUCCAUGGCUUAAGAUCUUGCAGUCAAACCUUGAUCCGGAUGGUAACCCCUGCAGAGAUUGACUAAUUUUGCUUUCUCUAACUAGUGGAUUGGGUCCAGAACCUUUGGCUUGCUGUGACGACAGUAGAAGGCUGCACUGUUCUAAAGCAACAUUAGUGUUCUGCAGGUCUUUUGCUCAACAGAUUCAGUUUAUAUUUUUCUGAUAUCAUUAAACAUUCAAGAUAGUUUCUUUAGGCUUGUUGUUCCAUUUUGUGACAAAUUUUUAGAAGUGUUGUAGAAACAUUAGUCAUAUGGGGUUCACACUAUAGAACUGUCAUGUUUUUUUCCCUGAUAAGAGUGUUCCCAGUGGCGCUCACUUUUAAUCACGGCAUCAUUUAUCAUCUA